AUGUCCAAAUCCAAGAAGACGAGAGCUGCAGAGCCAGCUGCUCCUCCUACGAAAGCCGCCGCCAAACUCGGAGCGAAAGACGACUCGGUCGAUCCCGCGCUUGCUUCCCUCUUUGCUUUCAGUUCUGGACCAGUAAAAGUACCGAGCAGAGUAGUCCAACCAACAAAAGCAGCUUCUGCCCCGAGAGGCGGCGCUCAGGAAGUCGUAUCGUCAACCUCGGACCCUAGAUCCUCUCAGGACGAGGAUGGAAAGGAAGAGAGCGAUGACGAGGACGAGGACGACGAGGAGGGCAGCGAGGAAGACAUCGAGACCGCAGAUGAUCUACCUGAAGACGACACUCCACGAACCGCUAUAAAAACACAAAGCGAAACGGUGAAGCCACGGAAACGCAAGCGAAAUGCGGACGAGGACGACCUCGAGCAAGCAUACUUCAAGCGCCUACAGCGAGAAGAGGACAAAGAGACGCAGCAGAAGCAAGCAGGACAAGAUUCAAAGGACGUGGAUACAAGCUCCAACGACGACUCAGUCAGCGAACCCUCCGAGGUCGAAGUACCUCUCCGCCACGAAAUUUUCGACAAGAAGCUCAAAGACCGAGACAAACUCAACCGCACCGUCUUCCUAGGAAACGUGUCCACCGAGGCCAUCAAAACAAAGCACGCCAAGCGGACACUCACCCGCCAUCUGCGCUCCGUAUUGAAGACUCCCGCUCAAGGCGGCAAACGACCAGGAAAAUUCGAGUCCAUCCGAUUCCGCUCCACGGCGUAUGCCGCUGCAUCCGGCCCCAAAAAAGCCACGUACGCCAAGAAAGAGCUCAUGGACGCGACCACGACCAGCACCAACGCGUACGCGGUCUUCACCACCGAAGCUGCCGCAGAGCACGUUGCCAAAACGCUGAACGGGAGCGUCGUCCUCGAUCGCCACCUCCGGGUCGAUUACCUCGCCCGCCCUCUCCCCGUCGACCACAAACGCUGCGUCUUCAUCGGCAACCUCAGCUUCGUCAACGAGGAGACGCAACCUACAGGUGAAAACGAGACCCGACGCCCCACCGCCAAACAACCCGCCGACGCGGAAGAAGGCCUCUGGCGCACGUUCAGCAAGUGCGGCGCCGUCGAAUCUGUCCGCGUGGUCCGCGACCAAGAGACCCGCGUGUCCAAGGGAUUCGCCUACGUGCAAUUCAGGGACGAGAACGGCGUAGAAGCCGCGUUGCUCAUGAACGACAAGAAAUUUCCCCCCAUGCUACCCAGGAAGCUGAGGGUCAUGCGCGCGAGGAAAACAAAAGUGAAGACAUCGUCGAGGUUGCCUUCUGGCGGCAAACUCCCCAGCAAGAGCUCGUUCGCCAGAGGACGGGCAGGGAAACCGCUUGUCUUCGAGGGCCAUCGGGCGAGCGAGGACGGCGGGAAAAAAGGCAAACCGCAGAGCCUCAAGGAUAGGAAGAGGGAAAGAAACAAGAAAAGACCGGACUCGAAGAGCGCAAGGCGGAGUGCAAAUUUCAAGCGCGCACAAGCCAGGGGUCGAAGUUCAGGCCAGGCAAAGUGA